AAACCUCGAAAACUCCUCUCAUUCAAAACCUAUUAUCACGUUUCCUCUCAUCAUUAAUUUCUCGGCACUCCUCCCUCCAAACACUCUGAGAACACUGCUCCGCGCCCAUGGUUUUCUCGGCUCCGAGAACACUCCUCCCUCCGCGCGAUUGUGGUUGUGGUUUAGGCUAUAGAGAGAAGGAGAGCUAGGCUAGGGGAAGGCGAAGGCCAGCGAACUGAAAGCACUGUUCCUACGGUUGACCAAGUAGUUAUAGAACCUUCGGAGACUGCUUCUGCCUCCGCUACCUCUUCGUCGAAAUUUCCGAAGUCUAACCAAAUUGGUGGGGAUUGUGUUUGGAUUGGUGGGGAAAUCAGCGGCGUUAGCACGAGAGAGAGGAGGAGGAUGGGAUUUGGAAGGGUGAGACCUCGCCGACCUCGGUUUCGACGGAGUGUCCGAUGAUGGUAACAGACGAGAUGAAGUUCGAAAGUUGUUCUCUGGCGAGGCAUCAGUUCUUAAAGAUAGCCUGCCAAUUGGAAAAGAAGCACAUGCUUGGAGCAUUUUCGUUGCUCAAGGUUAUUGAGUCUGAGCUUCAAGCAUACUUGUCUGUAACUGAGGGACGGGUGGGUCAUUGCUUGGCCCUGAUCCAAGGUGCCUCUGAUGUUCAAGAACAAGGAGGAGUACAUGACAGUGAUAAUUUUUUGCAUGCUAUCAGAGACCUGCUAAAAAUAUAUUCAAGAUUGUCCAACUUCGUCACUGCCUCUUAUUUGGAAGGAUCCAGCAAAAUUUAUUUGUUUGACAACACGUCUCAAAAGCUUAAGAUCUAAAGUAAGACUGUUAUAGAAAAAACCAAACAUGC